ACACCAAACGAAACGAUAGGGAAGGCGAUUGCGCCGACUCACCCAUCCUCGACGGUGACUUCGUCAUGACUGAACUCGUGCCCACACCCACCACGUUCACCUCUAGCUGCAAGCCAGAUGCCCUAUUCAUAUCCGCUGUGCCACCAUGGAGAGAAUCUGUCUAUAUGCACGGCUCACCUGUUCAGUGGCCAAGAAUAGUGGUGAAGAUGAUGGAAAACGAAAAGCAGAUCAAGCGUUUCCAAAGGCCCUCGGAGACCCCUAGAAUUCAUUUGAAGUUCUUUAGACGCCAUCUGAGUAGUGUUCGCGCCGAACUCUGCAAAUUCUCAUCCUCAAAGCAGCUCAUGACUGUAAUAGGAGGCGUACAACAGGCUCGGUUUGACUCAUGGCGACAUCAGUCCUGGAAAUAUCAAAAUGACGAGAGAUGGGAGAGGGUUGUUACUUGACUGGGAUAGUUCUGCGUUGUACAAAGAUGCUGGAAAGUUGUCGUGCUAGG